AUGGCUCAACCGCCCAAAUACCGCAUCCUCUCCCCAGAGGCCGCCAAAUCGCGCAUCUACUCCCACCCAUAUCCAGUCUCGAACCCCUCAAAACCCUCAUUCCAACCGCCAACCCCAUCGCCCUCCUCACAUCCUCCCACACCCACAUCCUCUACAACAAGCACCAGCACACCAAAGGCCACCCCCAAGCUCCGAUUCCCCUUCUUCACCCUCGCCCACCUGCGCCAUCUCUAUGCAAGGACUCCGCGCUUUAUCCGCUUACCCCUGCGCGCCGUCGGCGCAGUCUGGCCCAUCUUCCCCAUCGUCUUCUUCAUCCCCGAAUACAUUGCGCAGAUCCGCGAAGUAUCAGGGCCGUCGAUGACGCCAUACCUAAACCCAAAUCACCACAAUGAUGAGACGCAAAAGUCUCUUGUUCUGAUCAAAAUGUGGCCUGGUCUCUCGGCGUUCAAGUGGGGCGGCGAAAGGCAAUUACGGAUUGAGAGGGGGAUGUUGGUUGCGUUUCGUUCCCCGCACGACACAGACAACAUCGCUAUAAAACGCGUGAUCGGACUGCCCGGCGACAGAAUUACGACGCUUAAGCCCUGCGCGAAACCUUCGCAGAUUGUCCCCUGGGGUCACGUCUGGGUGGAAGGCGACAAUCCCAAAAAGACGAUUGAUAGCAACGCAUACGGGCCCGUAAGUAUAUCGUUAAUUAUGGGGAACGUGACGGCGAUUCUCAGGCCGGAGUUUCGGUGGGUGAAAUGGGAGGAGUGGGAGAGUGGGAAUGUCGAGGGGGGGAGGUUCGGGGAAGACUAUCGCAAGGAGGCAAGGGAUAGGGUUGAAAAGGAAGCUGUGAAGUUGCAGCGGCCGUUUUUGACGUGA